AAGGAAGUCUCUCAAUAGCAAUGCGAAUAGUAUGGACCAGGAGAAUUGCUUCUGCAUUAACACGCCCGGUUCGUAUCAAUGUUCCUGUCCACGUGGCUACACUUUGGCGUCUGACAAGACUUCUUGCCGAGACAUUGAUGAAUGUGAUACAACGAGUAACAAUCAUGUGUGCACUGGUCGGAAUGAUAUUUGCACCAACAUUAGAGGUAGCUUUAAGUGCACCACAAUAAAUUGUCCCUCUGGAUACAUGAACGAUGCCGAUCAAAAAAAGUAAGUCAAUAUGCCUCCA